CUUAAGAAGGGGGUAGAGGUAAUAAUGCUCUUAGCUGAGUUAAUGCGCGAUCGGAUUACUAGUCUUAAGAGAGCUAAUAUAGUAGUAUUAGAACGUAGGCGGCGUAAGAAGAAGCGGAUACAGAAGCGUAGAGUUCUUACGAAGGGAGCUAGAGAGGAUAUACUCACUUAA